AUGGAACAUCUCAUUCGCACUAGAGAUCUUCUCAAAACCACCAUACACCAAUCCACCCAACUAGACCUCCAAAUCCACCAAACCACCACCAAUCUCUCCCGUAUCAAUUCUUCCAAAUCCCACAUCACAAACAUCCCCUCUCUCUCCUCCCUCCACCACCACCUCCACCGUGCACUUCCACCCGUUUCCGCCGUCUUCCAAGUCUACCAGGUGGUGGAGGAGCUCGGGGGUUUACUCUCAGACCACCACCCAUCCCCCGACCUCCACCACCACCUCUCUCUCCUCAAAAGAUUCAGCCAAGCCCUCACUCUUCUCACCAACACCUGCAACUUAGCCAUCCUAUGGGUGGAAGACAUCGACACCACCAUUGUUGACACCCUCUACCACUCCAAUGUCUCUAAAACUCUCCAUAUACUUAAAGAGUUGCAAAGGUUUGAAGAACGUUCUCUUCUCAAACACGGAAUUCUAAACGUUGCUUUUGAGAAUUUAAAACAUGAAUUCACAAAUCUUUUAAUCGAAAACAGUUUCCCUCUUCAAGUUCCUUCGUCUCUUUUCUCAUCUGGUGAUGAUGAAAGUGAUGUGUUUGAUCCUUUACCAGAAGCUUUACCUUUCCCCAUUGUCAAAAACCUACAAGAUAUCGUUGCAUGCUUUUCAUGCAACAAUCUUGUGGACCAAUGCAUUCAUGUUUAUAUCAAGAUCAGGGGCACAAUUGUCCAUAGAAGUUUAGAAGGUCUUGAUUUGGAUUAUUUGGAGAUUACAUUAACAGAAUUUCAUAGCGUCCAAGAAGUAGAAGGUUAUAUAGACGAAUGGGGGAGACAUUUGGAGUUUGUAGUUAAGCAUCUUCUUGAACUUGAGUACACACUCUGUGAACACGUGUUUAGUAAGAGCAUUGAAGUCAACGUGUGGAAAUAUUGCUUUUCCAAAAUCGCCCUCCAAUCGGGAAUACAGAGUUUUAUCAAAUUCGCGAACACAGUUACAAAGUGUAAGAAAGAAGCAAUCAAACUUUUCAAGCUCCUAGACAUCUUUACCACUCUCAACAAUCUCAGACAAGAUUUCAACAGAAUUUUUGGUGGAAAGCUAUGUUCAGAAAUUCAAAGUCAAACAAGGGGAUUACUCAAGAAUGUGGUCAAUGGUGCAUGUGAAAUUUUUCAAGACCUUAAAGCACAAGUUGAGCUACAAAGACUAAACGACCCUCCACCAGAUGGGACAAUUCCAAAAUUGGUUAUCUUUGUAACAGAAUAUGCUAACGAGUUGUUAGAUGAUGAAUACAAACAUGAACUUGAACAAGUUCUAAAGAUCCACUCCAGUUGGCAUAAUGAAAGUAAGUUCACAAAGGGAAUUGUUUCACUUGAAAUUCAAAACAUAGUGAAAUCACUAGAACUUAACUUGGAGACAUGGGCAAAAAGAUAUGAAGAUGCUUCUUUAUCUUAUAUUUUCUUGAUGAACACCAAUUGCUACUUGAGAAAACAUCUAAAGGCUACAAAGCUCGGGGAUCUAAUGGGGGAAUCUUGGAUAAAACAACAUGAAGCUCAUGUAGAAUACUACAUGUCACUUUACUUGAAAGAAAGUUGGGGGAGAAUUCCAGCUUUAUUAAGCAACAAUGACAGAAACAAAAUGAAAGGAUUCAAUGAUACAUUUGAUCAAGUAUUUAGAAAACAAUCUGAAUGGGUGUUGUGUGAUAGAGAUUUGAGAUGGAAAACUUGCCAGAUGAUCAUGGAAGUUGUAGUCCCUGUUUACAAGACCUUAGUGGAAAGUGGGGCUACUGCUACUCAUAGUCCUAAUAGUAAUAAGUAUUUAAAAUAUAGUGAUGAGAAAAUAGAGAAUAUGUUGACUUCCAUGUUUAGGUCAAAGUUAGAUAAGUAUGGUUCUAGUGCCAAGUGUACAAGCUUGAUGGGGAAGAUCAAGAAUGUUGUUACAGGUCAUUUCUCACCAACAAAUGCUGCAGCUUGA